GCCGCCCUGCUGCUCCUCGGACAGCGAGAUCAACAUCACCAGCGAGGAGGAGGAGGAGGAGGAGGAAGGCAGCGAGCGGCCCGCUUGGGCACCGGGCACCGCCUGCUACAUCUGCGGCAGCCCCUUGGCACCCGGCGCCCAGCACCGCGUCCACGUGCAGAAGCAGGAGAAGAGCUCGCCGGGACCUUUCUUCCCGUUCCUGUGGCUGCACAGCCCCCCGCCCGGCGCCCAGCCGCUGUCCCCCACCGGCAGCACCCUGGUGUGUCCCUGCUGCUUCGCCUCCCUCAUGCAGCAGUGGCAAAGCUUCGAGCUGGCCAACGUGCCCGUGCUGCAGCGGCUCUACGUGGUGCCCCUCGGGGCCGGGGCCAUGCCCGCCAAGGGCCGCCGGGGGAUGAAGGAGGACGGGACGGGCAUCCCGCCGGUGCCCGAGGCUUGCUACCUCUGCGGGGAGGAGUGCGGCAAGGAGGCGAGGCCGGUGGCGGCCAAAAUCACCAACGGCAACGCCAAGAGCACCAUGCACUUCCCCUUCCUCAGCCUCCUGCCCUGCCCGCCCGGUGCCAAGGGGCUGAACAAGCACUGGGAGGUCAGCAGCUGCCGCAAGUGCUUCGGGGUGCUGCAGGACCUGUGGGCCAUGUACAGGGCCUGUCACAACGAGGAGCUCAUCUCCUCCGUGCAGAGUUUCCUGGGCAGGUACCACCAGGUCUUCUCCGCCGGUGACCUGGCGGGCCACCCCGCUGUCAUCAAGCCCGGUCCCACCUCUGUCUGCUACAUCUGCGGGGCCGAGCUGGGAGCUGGCAAAGAGUUCCAGCUCAACGUCAACCCUCCGGGGCGAUUUGGGGAGAAGGAGCCCUUUUUCCCCUUCUUGACGGUCUACCCGCCCGCCCCGCGGGCCAGACCGGCCGACUCCACCGGGCUGGUGGCCACCUGCAUCCUGUGCUACCACGACCUGCUGGGACAGUGGCUGCAGCACGAGGGCAGGAACUCCCACCACCCCAGCAGCGCCUGGUCCCGGCAGUACAAAGUGGAGACCUUCGUCUGCUUCUUCUGCCGGCAGGAGAAGAAGCGAUGCCUUGGAUUAAGAGCGGUUCAAGUGGCCAGGCUUCCCGUCUUCCUCUACACCCUGCGCGUGGCCAACAGCCUGCUGGUGGACGAUGGCAAGCAGCUGACCAUCGGUGCCUGUGCAGAGUGUGGGGCUGUGGUGCUGGCUGGCAAGAGCAUGACCCCGCCAGAGCUGCUGGCAGUGGCACCCCCGUCUGUCCUCCCCAAGGCGUCCUCUUCGUCCCUGGAGACAGCCACCACCAAGCCUGCGGCCGGCGAGUCCCGGCACCGAGUGGCCAGCGCUGGGGAGAGCCCGGGAACGGGCAGCACCGUCCCGGACAUCGGCCAGCGGACGCCUUUGGAUGCGGAGGGUGCGGACGCUGGAGCCACAAGCAUGAGCCAUGAGCCGAAGUCGCCGUCCCUAGGAAUGCUCUCCACGGCCACCCGCACCACUGCCACCGUGAGCCCCCUGACCCCGUCCCCCCUGAACGGCUCCAUCGUUCCCAAUGGCAGCCCCGCCGCCAGCAGCACUUUGUCCGUCCAGGCAGCACCUUCCUCCAGCUUCGCCGCCGCCCUCCGCAAGCUCGCCAAGCAAGCCGAGGAGCCCAGAGGCUCCUCACUGAGCAGCGAGUCGUCCCCAGUGUCCUCACCGGCCACCAACCACAGCUCCCCGGCCAGCACACCCAAACGUGGCCCCAUGGGCCCCAUCAUCGUGCCCCCAGGGGGGCACAGCGUGCCCAGCACGCCGCCCGUCGUCACCAUCGCCCCCACCAAGACGGUCAACGGGGUCUGGAGGAGCGAGGGCAGACAGCAGGAAGCAGGGUCUCGAGGCAGCAGCAGCAGCGCCGGCCGUGAGCGCCUCAUCUCGGAGCCCCCCCUGGCUCAGGAGAAAGCAGGGGGUCCCACUGUCCCCUCCCACCUCCUGGGGACACCCUACUCCUUCGGGCUGCCCCCCAGCUCCGUGGUCCAGGACUCCCGCUUCCCGCCUCUCAACCUGCAGCGGCCGGUGCACCACGUGGUGCCUCCCAGCGCGGUGACCGAGGAUUACCUGCGGAGCUUCCGUCCCUACCACACGGCCGAGGAUCUCCGCAUGUCCUCCCUGCCGCCCCUCGGCCUCGACCCGGCCACUGCCGCUGCCUACUACCACCCCAGCUACCUGACACAUCACCCCUUCCCUCAUCCUGCCUUCAGGAUGGAUGAGUCGUACUGCCUGUCAGCACUGAGGUCCCCCUUCUACCCGCUGCCAGCGCCGGGCUCGCUGCCACCCCUGCACCCCUCGGCCAUGCACCUGCACCUCUCGGGGGUCCGGUACCCCCCCGAGCUCUCCCACUCCUCCCUGUCCGCCCUGCAGUCCGAGCGCAUCUCCAGCCUCGCCGCAGAGAGGCUGCAAAUGGACGAGGAGCUGCGGCAGAGGGAGCGGGAGAGGGAGCGGGAGAAGGAGCGGGAGCGUGAAGCCGACCGGGAGCGGGAGAAGGAGCGGGAACGGGAGCGGGAGCGCGAGAAGGAGCUGGAGCGCGAGCGGGAAAAGGAGCGGGAGCGGGAGCUGGAGAGGCAGCGGGAGCGUGCCCGGGAGAAGGAGCUGAGCAUGGUGAAAGCCAUGGAGGGGCCCUUCCUCCCCGUGGCAGAGCUGCACGGGCUGCGGGGGCACCCGGCCGAGGAGCGGGGCAAGCCGGUGGAGCCGCUGGCACCCAGCAGAGCAGACAAACUCAAGGACUCGGUGCUGCCCACGCCAAAGCCCAUCCAGCACCCUCUGCACCCGCCACCAGGCUCCCACCACCCCGUGCCCAGCCUCAUCCCCAACCACAGCGUGUUCCCACUGCCCGGCAGCAGCGCGGCCACGGCGCUGCUCAUCCACCGCACCAACGAGGAGGAGAAGUGGCUGGCCCGGCAGCGCCGGCUGCGCCAGGAGAAGGAGGAUCGGCAGUCCCAGGUCUCGGAGUUCCGGCAGCAAGUGCUGGAGCAGCACCUGGACAUAGGGCGUGCCCCGAACCAAGCUGAGCCCGAGCACCGGCCCGAGCACCCCAGGUUGGGAUCGAGCCGCCACGAGCCGAGCAGCCGGGAGCCAGGGCAGCACUUUGGCGGGCCCCCACCCCUCAUCUCCCCCAAACCCCAGCACCACCCUGUCACCACGUCCCUCUGGAACCCCGUCUCGCUGAUGGAGAGCCCCCCCGACCCUCCCCGGCGCCUCCCCGAGCCCCACGCCCUCCACAGCCACCCUGCACCCUUCGAGCCUGGCCGCCAGGGCAUCCCACUGGUGAAGGUGGAGAGGGUCUUCUGCCCAGAGAAGCUGGAGGAGGGGCCGAGGAAGAGGGACACUCUGGAGAAAUACCCCCCGGGACGGGAGCCCGGCGCCCCAGAGCACGGAGCCUUCACCCACACCCCCUUCCUAGCUGAGCUGGAAAAGUCCACUCAGAGCAUCCUGAGCCAGCAGAGAGCCCCAGCCACCCCCUUCCCCGAGGCCACCAAGCCCAGCUCGCCCUACCGGCCCCCCCAGCCCCGUGCCCAGGACCCCAUGUACAUCUACGACGAGUUCGUGCAGCAGCACCGCAGGCUGGUCAGCAAACUGGACCUGGAGGAGCGCCGGCGGCGGGAGGCCCGUGAGAAAGGGUACUACUACGACCUGGAUGACUCCUGUGACGACAGCGACGAGGAGGAGGUGCGGGCCCAUCUCCGCUGCGUGGCUGAGCAGCCCCCGCUGAAGCUGGACACGUCCUCUGAGAAGCUGGAGUUCCUGCAGCUCUUCGGCCUCACCACGCAGCAGCAGAAGGAGGAACUGCUGAGCCAGAAGCGGCGCAAGCGGCGGCGGAUGCUGCGGGAGCGGAGCCCCUCUCCGCCCACGGUGCAGAACAAGCGCCGCACGCCCUCCCCGCGCCUCCCGCUCUCCACCCGCUACAGCCCCGACGAGAUGAACAACAGCCCCAACUUCGAGGAGAAGAAACGCUUCCUCACCAUCUUCAACCUCACGCACAUCAGCGCCGAGAAGAGGAAAGCUUCCCAUGCUGCAGACAAGGAGAAGCUGGUGGAGAUGCUGCAGGCCAUGAAGCAGAAGACCACGCCGGCUGCUGUGGUGGUGAAGAGCUCCCCACGGGACAGCCCCGGUGCUCCCAGCACUGAGCCUCCGGUGCCGCCGCUGCUCCUGGACCUGGAUAAACCCGUGGGCAUCGCCGUGUCCGUGCCGGAGGUGCCGAAAGCAGCAGAAGCCUCCAGGUUGGAGCAGCUGAGACCCCAGGAGCCACCGAGGCCCAAGGAGUCGGGCACGGCGCCGGAGAAGCCCCGGCUGAGCGAUGGGCACGCCGGGAAGAAGGCUCUGAGCAUCCUCAGCUACGUCAGGGGUCCCCUCCCCAAGGACAUCCCGGUGCCGCUGUCCCACAGCAUGAACGGCAAGAGCAAGCCCUGGGAGCCUUUCAUUGCUGAGGAAUUUGCUCACCAGUUCCAUGAGUCAGUGCUGCAGUCCACGCAGAAGGCGCUGCAGAAGCACAAAGGGGGGACAGUGGAGCAGAACCACAAGCUGGACACCUCCAUCCACUACAACAUCCCGGAGCUGCAGGCGUCCACCCGCCUGGCCGGGCCCCCGCACAACGGCACGGCCGAGGGGCCGCUCCGGCCACUGCCCCCCCUGCCCCGGGACUCUGCCUCUGAGGACGAGGAGGAGGAGGAGGAAGAGGAGGAAGAGGAGGAAGAUUACCCCAGGCCCAAGUGGCAAGGGAUCGAGGCAAUUUUUGAAGCUUACCAGGAGCAUAUAGAAGAACAAAACCUGGAGCGCCAGGUGCUGCAGACGCAGUGCCGGCGGCUGGAGGCCCAGCACUACACCCUGAGCCUGACAGCUGAGCAGCUGUCACACAGCAUGGCGGAGCUGAGGACCCAGAAGCAGAAGAUGGUGUCGGAGCGGGAGCGCCUGCAAGCCGAGCUGGAUCACCUGCGGAAGUGCCUUGCCUUGCCUGCAAUGCAGUGGUCUAGGGGUUAUUUCAAGGGGUAUCCCAGGUGACGCUCCUUGGGCCAGGCCGAACAUAUAGUCUAGAAAUAAUAAUCUAUUUUAUUACCUUGAAUAUUUAAUAUUUUUCACUGGGAGGUUUGAAGCUAAAAAUAAUAAAAUAAAUAAAAAAAAAUAAAAACAACAAAAAAAAAAGACAAGAAGAAGAAGAAAAAAAAAAAAGACGGACGAAACUGCGACAACAAGAUCGUUAAUAAUAAAAGGAAGAAAGAAAAAAAAAAAAAAGAGAAAUAAAUAAAUGGAGAAUGUGCCAUGCAUGAAGCAAACGGGAGCCGGCCAGCAGCCCCUGGCAUGUCCCCUCCUGUCCCCUCCUCUGGGGGCCACAGCUCUGAACCCCCCCUCCACCCACCCACACUUUAUAACGCUCAUUUUUGUUGGUUCUUUGUUUUUUUUUUUCUACAAAAAAAGAAAAAAAAAAGAAAAAAAAAAAAAAGACAAGACAAUGAAAGACUCCACAACACUAAAGCCGGCGGGGCCCCCGGGUGCUGCCGGAUCCUGCUCCCAGCACGGCACCCCCAGCCCGGGGCUUCCCCUGGAAAUGCACUUCGCUAUCAAAAAAUAAAAUCAAUAAACUGGU